AUGGAUGCGGUUCCCGUGAUUGAUAUCAGCAGGUUCGACGAGGAGAGGGCAGAGAAGGUGUUGGAUGCUGCGAUCAAUGUUGGGUUUUUGUGGAUCGAUGGACAUGGAUUGUCAAAGGACAAUGUUAGGAGCGCGUUCAACCUGUCGCGUCAGUUCUUCACCCUCGAUCGCGAGGAAAAGUCGAAAUACCCGAUCCAGAACAAUCAAGGCUUCGCCGCCUUGAAUGUCGAGGAGCUGGAUCCUUCCACUCCUUCAGACUACAAAGAGUCAUUCAACUUCGGAGCCGACGAUCUCAUGAACGGCACCCAGAACCAGCCACUGCCCCCAGUCUUCACUGAACAACACGACUUUCUAUCCUCAUUCGCAACAUCGUGUCACAGCAUCUGUCUCGAUAUCCUGAAAUUCUUCGGACACGCCCUCAAGGAAGAAGUCCAAGGCGAUAACCGCGCCGGCGCACACUCCGACUACGGCUCAAUAACGCUACUCUUUCAACAACCAGGUAGCAGCGGCCUAGAAAUCAUGCUACCAGGAAAGGGAUGGGUGCCAGUGCCCGCACUACCCGCGAACGACACGAACAGCGCACCGCCAAUCUUGGUGAAUAUCGGUGAUCAACUGAGUUACUGGACAGCAGGCCUGUUACGAUCCACGAUCCACCGAGUCCGGAUGCCUAAUCGUGGACAGGAGAGAUACUCAAUGGUGUACUUUUGUCAUCCGAAUGAUGAUGCGCUGUUAGAGCCUGUACCGAGUGAGAUCGUGAGAGAGAGGAAGGGUAGGGGUGCGAACGCGGCAGAAGGAGAGGUGUUAACAGCGGGCGAGCACUUACGGAGACGGCUGGCGGCAACAUAUGGAUGGAAGGAGAACGAAGAUGGCCAGAAGCAAUAG